AUGCAUGAUUUCACCAGGGAAGAGAUUCUGUCGGUCUUAGCAGGACUGGGCAUCGAGCUUCCCCCUGCGACCAAGCUUCCUCACGAAGCUCUGCAGAAGCGUCUCAAACAAAGCUUACUUGCAGCUCAGUCUUUCUUCAACGUCCUACCGGCUCCCCCUGUCGAUCCUAAAUCUCUCACCGAAUGGCCAUUGCCAGAGCACGAACCUGAUAACACUGUUCUCGAGGCGAUCAAACGGUCUAACCUCGCUGAAAUCAGCGCAAACAUCCAAGCGAUGCGUCGCGGCGAGCAUGUGGCGCCGGAGAUCUUCGUCAAUCCUGUAUCGGACUUGAGGCAAACACUUAUGGGGAUUGCCAGUGUGUGGGAUAAGGGGCUUAGAUGGUGCGUCAUUAACGAUCUCGAGUCUCAAGUCUGUACCAUCAGUCUCAGAAUCCUAUCAAUCCACGCGCUGAAUUCGCAGACACCUCUCAUCGUCGUCCUGUAUCGCGCAUUCACUAUUGCCGAUGCACCUGCUGGUGUUGAGUGGGCCCAGGCGCAAUUGCAGAAGAGCUUGGCUUCCACGAUCAAGGCGACAGUACUGGAACAGAAACUCAUUCUUAAGCUGCUGGGGCUGAACUCCAAGUAUCUCUCCCAUAAUUAUGCGCCGGGGAAAACCCCUUUGGAGACGGACUUUACGCCGUCGUUCUUUCUUCCGGUCGGGCCUCUCGGCUUUGCAGAUAUAGGAAAGCUCAACGCAGACACAGGAUGCUUCCUGUGUGGCAAGAAAGCGGCCAGUCGGUGCUCGCAGUGUCAAUCUGUCUCAUAUUGUGGGCCAGAGUGCCAACAUGCGGAUUGGCCCAACCAUAAACAUACAUGCCGCUCACUCAAGGGCGGUUCCUGGCGCACGAUUCCGUUCACGCGCGUCAUGCCCGGUCAUGAGGGGAGCUAUAGUGCCUAUCUAAACCGUUUCCAUAGCGCCACCAAUUUUGGCUCUGUCCGCGACCCUGCGAACGACUCAAUCCCCCCACCCAAUAUCCAUGGCGACAAGGUCUUCCUCGUCAAGCUGCAGCUCGGGGUGUCAUCUGGGAUGCCAAACAUGAUGAUCUAUGACAGGCAACAGUCGUUCAACGAUUCCGUAUUCUUCGUGAAGGACGUCAACCCGCAGCUUUUCGAGGAAGUGCAAGCAGAGAUGUCGGGCCCACGCAGUGGGUAUCGGGGGCUGAAGAUGUACCGAUUUGCGAAACGCCUCAGCGACUGGGAGCUCAGCAUUUGCCUGGAUAGAAAACCUCAAGGUGAGAUCAAAUGGUGA